AUUUUGACGUUUAAUUUCACCAAACUUCACCAAAGUUGUGGAUUUGUCACAGUGUUGUGAACUAAAGUGAAAAAUAGUGUCUUCUAAAAAGCGCCACGAGUUCUAUCCUAAAUAACAAAAACGUAAAGUAUUAUUUAACCCUGGAGUGCAAUAAAAGGGCGGCAAAAUUACGUCCAAAAUGCAAGGCGUUAGUGCUCCGCGGGAGCCUACGCAGCCCGUGAUAAGCACAAGUUCUACCAUCCUAAACAUGAGGGAAAAAGAGAAAUACAUUGAAGAUUUCGAGUUCCCCUUCUGCGACGAGUCUUCAAAAUACGAGAAAGUCGCUAAAAUCGGUCAAGGAACCUUCGGGGAAGUGUUUAAAGCUCGCGCAAGGAAUAGCAACAAAAAGUUCGUAGCCAUGAAGAAAGUGCUUAUGGACAACGAAAAAGAAGGUUUUCCCAUCACUGCUUUGCGCGAAAUAAAGAUCUUACAGCUUCUAAAACACGAGAAUGUCGUCAAUUUGAUUGAAAUUUGUCGAACAAAGGCAACGCUGCAUAAUAAGUACAGGUCUACUUUCUACUUAGUUUUCGACUUCUGUGAACACGAUUUAGCAGGUUUAUUGUCAAAUGUGAACGUGAAAUUCAGUUUAGGAGAGAUUAAAAAGGUUAUGCAGCAACUUCUGAAUGGUCUGUACUAUAUUCAUAGCAAUAAAAUUCUACAUAGAGAUAUGAAAGCGGCUAAUGUACUUAUAACGAAGAAUGGGAUAUUGAAGUUAGCUGAUUUUGGUCUGGCGAGAGCGUUCAGUGUGGCAAAGUCGGGACAAGUCAAUAAAUAUACUAACAGAGUGGUCACCCUGUGGUACAGGCCUCCAGAACUACUUUUAGGUGACCGCAACUACGGGCCUCCCGUCGACAUGUGGGGCGCCGGCUGCAUAAUGGCAGAAAUGUGGACCCGCUCCCCCAUCAUGCAAGGCCCCACGGAGCAACAGCAACUGAUCCUCAUCUCCCAGCUCUGCGGCUCCUGUACCCCUGACGUGUGGCCGGGCGUUGAGAACCUAGAUCUAUAUAAUAAGAUGGAACUGCCGAAGGGACAGAAGAGGAAGGUUAAGGAACGUCUGAAGCCGUACGUUAAGGAUCCGUACGGUUGUGAUCUGUUGGAUAAGCUGUUGCAGCUGGAUCCGGCUAAGAGAUACGAUGCAGACACAGCAUUAAACCACGACUUCUUCUGGACCGACCCCAUGCCGUGUGACCUUGCCAACAUGCUGGCCCAACACACACAGAGCAUGUUCGAAUAUCUGGCCCCACCCCGCAGGCCUGGCCACCUGCGUCAUCACCACCACGUGGCUGGGGCCCAAGCCAAGCCGACCCAGCCUGUUCAAGACUCGGGGUAUCAAGAUAGAGUGUUCUAGAAGUGGAAGAGUGUGAAGUUUAAGUGACUGUGUUUGAAGCAAUAUUAAGUGAGUUCAUCUGAUGUGUGGAGUGCAUGUUACCGGGAUAUUGCCCUUCGAAAAGCUACGAAAGAAGUUACGUAGCAACUAGCAAGAUUUUUUAGUAAGGUCUUUAAACCAUACUGCAAGAUCAUGAUUCCAGGGUAUCGCUAAAUGAAAGUUGCCUAUUUAUUUCUUCAAGUUUUCACGAAACUCAUAUUGUUGAAAAAUAUUUUUGACUAAUUGUAACUGGCUACUUAGCAUUGGUUUCGUAAACCGUAAACGGCUGAAGCGUGUAUCAAUAUCAGCCAAUUUUUGUUUUACUGAAGGAAUGAGAAUGACAUGCACUGAAGAUUUAAAUUCUAAAAUCAGCAAUUUCAGAUUCUGAAGUCCAGAUUUCCUCAAUAACGGUUUCCUUCACUGUGUCUACAAUACAUAAUGGAUAUAGUUCUGAUAUGUCCAAUUAUUAAGAGCAAAUACACUCCUGGCAUACCUACUUUCUAUGAGAACAGUAAGCUUUAGUAUAAAUAUAAAAAUAUGAUGACUAGAUAUUGGUAAAAACAGAUUUAAACUAAGGAGUAACUUAGACAAUCUAUUAAAUUACGCAAUAUUACGAAUUUUGAACGAAGAUUAUGCAAUGAUUUUAUGACUAAAAUUUUUAUUACACAAUUAUUUUUGUUGUAAUAUUGUGCAAUUUAAUUGAUUCUCUAGGUGGCCUCUAAAAAUACAAAAAAAAAAGGAUAAAAAUAUAAUUUAAAAAAUAUUACUGCCAAUGUAUAAUAUUGUUGAUGCCAGAAUUGAGCUAAGUUAUCUUUAAGCUAAUCUUUUAAAAGCGAGCUGAAGAAGUUUAUUUGUUAAGGGCCCUAAACUUAGCAUGAUUCUGGCAAAAGAGUUAGUGAUAAAAUUGUUAAAUAUUAUAAUAUUGUAUAAUAAUACAGACUGCCUAGUUAGACAAAUAGUCGCAAAUGCGACUGCCAUUAGACAUUUCUACAUUUGACUUGUUUCUCCAUUGUGCUGUUCACAAAUUUUGAACAAUGCGGUUUUUAGAGUGCCAACACACUAGUAGCUUUUGGUUUCUAUGGCUUAAAGUUUAAAGUAUGGCUCACCCACUAUUGUGAAUUACAACAUCUAUAGCCUUUAUAUUAUUAAUAGCCGUUUUCCCGCGGUUUCCCUUGCGUCCCAUAGAAACUACUGCCCUUAUCAAGAUAAAAUAUAGCCUACUAGCUUCCGCCAGCGGCUUCGCCCGCGUCCAGUUCGGUUAUAUCGCGUUUCCAAGAGAACUCUUCAAAAGCCCGGGAUAAAAACUAUCCUAUGUACUUUCUCAAGGUUAACUCUAUUUCAGUACCAAAUUUUAUUAAAAUCAGUUCAGUGGUGUAGACGUGAAAGCGUAACAGAAAGACAGACAGACAGAGUUACUUUCGCAUUUAUAAUAAUAGUAGGGAUGUUACUCGCAGAUAAUAUACAUACAUAGCUUUCUGAUGGUGAAAGAAUUUAUUUAAAUAUUUAACUGCUUUCGUAUCUUAAUUUUCUAGUGUGUUGGUUCCCUACUAUAAGGCCUGUUUGGUUCCCAAAUGAUAUCCUUUUACGAUAUCUUGUUACAUAGAAUAUUUGAAUUAAAUAGAAUACUUAAGAUUCAAUUAUUUUAUCAUAAUAAAGUAUUGUCUUUCAGACUGAUAGUAUCAACAUAAGUGCAGUAGAUAUCAACUAAUAUGUAUGAAAAUAUGUACUUGAUAUUUUAAAAGCUCUGUAAAAAAUAUGGCAGAGUUUUGAAUAUUUUUUGUCCGCGGUUUACAUAUUUAUUAUUAACAGCGCUUUCACACUACCGGUGUUUUAUCACGCGUAGCCAAACCGUAGGACUAUCCGAAAGCUAGAACUAAGCGAAAAAUCCGCUGGUAUGAAAACGCGUUUAAGGAUAAAAUAGAUAACCGUGGACAAAAUUACUCAGAAACUAGCUAUUAUAGAAUAAUUCAGACUGUAGUUCUAUGAAACAAAACUUCUCAAUAAAUUACAUUUUCAGUUCCUUCCAGCCGUUGAAUUCGGCCAUUGUUAUAAUGUGACUAUGUAAAAUAUGAAGCUUUUUAUGUAAAUAAAAAAGUAUAAUUUUAUACUUCG